AUGGCACCUCUCAUCCGAGUUAUCGGCUCUCUCAAUGCCGACAUGGUCUCAGUCACGUCGCGAUUUCCAGAUCCCGGUGAGACAAUCACCUCGUCAUCCUACUUCACCAGUGCAGGCGGCAAGGGUGCAAACCAAGCGGUGGCAUGCGGGAGAAUGUCUAGAGCCAAGCCCACGGGCACUACGAGCCCCACCGGCGACGUCAAUGUGGAAAUGAUGGGCGCAGUGGGUGCAUUGGAUGGUCAUUUCUCUAGUCUGUUGAAGCCGACCCUGGAGAGAUCUGGAGUGGACACGUCCCGAGUGAAGGUCGUCGACCAUGCAUAUACAGGAGUGGCGGUGAUCAUCGUAGACUCAUCGGCUGGGGGUGAGAACCGCAUCCUCUUCUCACCCGGUGCGAACUACGACGGUAUGCAGCCGACGCCGGAGGUGCUGGGUAUGGCGUUGGCCGCGCCCGUGCCAGACGUCAUCGUUAUGCAGGGCGAGAUCCCGGUCGAUACUGUGAUCGGAACACUACGGGAGAUUGCGGCUUACAAGGCUAAAAGUCGCGCUGCUGGGAAGCGCGGCACCGAAUGUGGUCCCGAUGUUAUGCUUAACCCGGCACCAGCGCCACCUGGUGGUUUACCCGAGGAUGUGUACGCUGCCGUCGACCAUCUGAUUCUCAACGAAACAGAAGCCGAACUGAUGACUCCGCCCGAGGAACAACUUCUUCGCGUGGUGCCAGAGGCAAAGGGCUUGGAUGGCAAUGAGAAAGUUGCUCGGUAUUUCCACAAACUGGGUGUGAGCUACAUUCUUAUUACGCUUGGCGCCAAGGGCGUCUGGUACAGCGCUGCAGAUGGCGGCUCGUCCGGGCCCAGCGAUGGGGUUCGUCGCUUCACCAACGACAUUCCAGCGGCCCAUGUCUCCCACGUCCUGGAUACCACCGGCGCGGGGGACACUUUUGUUGGAGCUUAUGCGGUCAGAGCGGCACGGUGGCGCGAGCAGCGUCGUGCGGACGGCAAGGCUGCGCAGGAUCUCGUAGACGCUGAGAAGCCACACCGGUACAAGACCGUCAUGGAUGAAUCUAUGCAUCUAGCUGCACGUGCCUCCGCUCGGGCUGUAGAACGCCAGGGCGCCAUGGAUAGCAUUCCUUUCGAAGAUGAGAUCUAA